AUGCCGGCUCCGUACUCUGAUAACAUGUACUCCGACAUGGGUCAAGACGCCGCUUCGGCCGCCGGUGACGACCAUGACAACCGUGACGAUGCCUUGUCACCCACUGAUGGCUACUUCCACGCGUCAGAGACGUCAGAUGCGGCGCCAUCGUCGCAGUAUCCCGGUGUGUCACGGCAUCAGCACCAACACCAACACUACCAACAACCACCACCACAACGCACAUCUUCCAAUGUACCCGUCGUGCCCAAUGUCCUUGUCGAGGAUCCAACCUUACGGGAUGACAAGGGCGCUGCAAAGGCCAAGGAGGCCGAGGAGGAGCGCUGGAUAAAUAACGCCACCAGUCAUGCCUCAUCAGAAGCUGCCUUUACACCACAAACGGGAAGCAACAUUAUAACCCAAGGAACAGACGGCACUGCAUCUACCUCGUCAGCUGCAUACGCCGGGGAUAACCAUACGACAUCACACACUCCGACCAGCCCUACAUUCGUCACCUCGCCUACUCAUCACCACCGGCGUAGUGUCGAGGAAGACGCUCCCUUACUUUACACCGGACACAGUACCCGCCUCCCCUAUUCUCACACUCCUUCCGAGACAGCAACUUCAGCAACGUCAACUUCCUUAAACCAUCCCAGAGCCCAGUCCCAGACGCAUCAUCAGAACCCUCUGGACGCGCCACCUGCCUACUCACCUUCUCCAUCAUCGCCUCCUUCUGGCGGUAAUUCUCAAGGCUAUCAAACCUUUGCACCUACCCCAUCUGGUAACAACAAUAACGACAACCCAGACGUCAAUCAAGACACAAUGGGAGUCCCCGAAGAACAUCAGGCUCUGCUGCCUCGUCAGCCUCAGUCAAUGGGUGGCUCACCCAAUGGCCCUCCAGGUUCCAGAUGGCAACGAGUUAAAAACUCCAUUCACUCCCCCAAUACAAGGAAGAAUAUUCGAACCCUCCUUGGCAUUGCUGUCAUCUUGUCCAUUAUCUUUGCUAUUUUCGGUGGCAUCUCCUUGAGUAGUGCUCCUCGACAUCCUAAGAUCCCUAAAAUCAUCGACAACGACCCUGUCAAACCACCAACAAUGGGCGGCGAGCGUGACUUGGAAUGGAGACCAAACGGCUCCUGCAGAAACACUCCUCACAAAUUUGACAAGUCUGUUACAUCUUUCCAGUCCGGCAGUGGCUAUACCCUGGACAUUGUGCAGAGACCUGAGAGGAACACCCAUGAGAGGGGCCGUCAACCUAACAUUUCGGGACAACUAUUUGUUAUCCCAUCCAAGGAAUCCGAUGGUAGCAUUGAAAUCGAAAUCAUUUCCAACGAUGAGAGGUUAAGACCAAGUACCGAUAUCCACGUUGACAACGGCCGUCAGUACGUCGAAAUCAUUUCUCCCCGUGCCCUCGACUGGUGGGACUAUCAAAGUCAGGCGCCUUGCAUUCAGAUGCGUGUCACCGUCUACGUCCCCCACAAUGCUUAUCUCGACAAUCUCAACCUCGAUCUCGUACACCUUGAUGUUACCAUUGCCGAGGGGCUUGUUAUGGGUGUUUUGGACGGUCCCACCAUUAAGACGGUUGUUGGUGAUGUCAGAACGCCUCGUGCCAGCAACCUCGACGACGAUGUUGUACCCUACUCACUGCAAUCCCGACGCAUUGUUAUUGAGACCGUCAGCGGAGACAUCAAGGGCUGGUUCCCUCUCUAUGAUUUGCUCCAGGUCAAGUCUGCUUCUGGCAAUGUCGACGCCCAGGUUGCUCCUAAAGCUGCCGACAAGGAGUCUGCCAAAGAAGCCCAGCUAAAGGUUCACUCCAUCUCUGGAGAUGUCAAGCUUGAAGAGCCGCUGGCAUCAACUGUGAAGAGUGGCAAGCUGGGAAAGAAGCUUCCGCCGCGUGACUACAAGGUUGAAGCUGCCACCGCUUCCGGAGAUAUUACUGCCGACGUUGUCAUGACAUCUACCGCCAAGAUCGAGUCUGUUUCUGGCGACCUGUACCUCAAUAUACUCCCACUCAUUGCCAAGGGUUCCGGAAAAACGAGCCUCAGUACUGACACCAAGAGUGGAGUCACCAACGUCAAUAUCUACGAGGCCGUGGCGAUUGAGUUACCCGAACAGGCCAAGUCUCAUCCUAAAGAUAUCGAAAUCCGCAAGGUUGAUAGCCCAGCUCUAUCCAACUUCGAGACAAAGCAUUCCUCCAUCAGCGGCGAUUUCAAGCUUCACUACCCUGCCACCUGGGCUGGCAAGUUCCGCGCCGAGACCAUGUCUGGCGAUAUCUCUGUAACUGGCAAAGAUGUCAAGAUCACUCGACGAAGCCGUGGUUUCAGCAAAUUUGUAGAAGGAGAAAAGGGCGAAGGAGAAUCAUUUAUCAAGAUGGGCUCCAUGUCUGGCGAUGUGAAGCUACUGAUUGGUAAGCAGUAA